GCAUCAUUCAAGGAUGGCGAUCACAUCAGUCUGCCUAAUGAUAUCAGCCGUGCUGACCAUUCAACCUGACAGAACUCAGUUCUUUCGGUACGAGUCCUUCAAUCUGACCUGUGGAGCACCAGGGAAUUUUACCAGCUGGAGGGUGAAGAGAAACACCUCCACCGGCUCUUUUGUUCCAUGUCAGAAUAACUGGGGUCGCCCAAAUGGAUCCUCCUGUAUCAAUCCCAAGGUCUUCUCAUUAGACAGUGGACUGUAUUGGUGUGAAUCUGAGUUGGAGUGCAGCAAUGUCCUCAACAUAUCAGUGGAUACUGGUGUUGUGAUCCUGGAGAGCCCUGCACUUCCCGUGACUGAGGGAGACAAAGUGAUUCUUCGGUGCUCCUACAAGGAGAUAUGGGUCCAGCAUUCUUCAUCAGAUUUCAAUGCGACCUUCUACAGAAAUGGUAUUUUUAUUGGAAGGCUGCCUGAAGGGCAGAUGAUCCUUGAAACUGUCUCCAAGUCCCAUGAAGGCUUCUACAAGUGUCAACACCCCACAAAGGGAGCGUCGCCCCAAACCUGGUUGGGCAUUAGAGAGAGAACAAAAACUCCCCCUGUGUUUACUGCUUCUCUGCCCAAUCUGGUGGCCACGAUCUUGCUGUUCAUGCUCUACACCGGCAUACUCAUACUGUGUGUAUACAUCUACCGAAAGCUGGCUCAAGCUCGAGCUGAUGCUAAAAGAAGAGCUCCUGAUAAUCUCUAACUGGAGAGUCUAAAGAAGAAGAGCCACAACAAUGAUCAACAUAUCACUUGGAUUGAAUAAAUGUUCUGAUUUUGAUCUUUUAUCCUUUAUAAACUCUUAGCAGCUAUGAUGCUACUGUAUAUGGUUUGUCACUGUACAAUAGUUAUAAAAUAUACAAUGAUUUCACUUUUAAAGAUUCGAAACCAGUCCAAACGAUUGACAAUUUAUUAGAGGUAAUGAUGACAGUGGUUGAAUAAUUCCAUAUUUAUUGUUAAGCGUUUGAUGUUAUGUUGGUCACAGAAUGCACAUUUAACUAAACAAUGUGCAUUUAAAAAACAAAUAUUGGGAAGUGUGC